ACUCGAAAUCCGUUACUUACUAGUCCGUAUUACCGAAGAUGGAAAUUUAUAAAACGUACGCAUGAAAUAUAUUUAUACAGUACCAAUAUUGUCUGUAAAAACGUCCUCGUUAAGCAAUAUUGAUUGUAUUACAAAAUUUGCUAUUUAAAGGUUUCUGCGUUUUUACUAAAUCACAGUAACUUUCAUUUUUCGUCCUUGUUGAUAAAAAGCAUUACACGAGGGAUAUGUCACCAUUGUUUGCGUUGCGAUUGUUGCGUACCUGCUUCGUUAAACGUAUCGUGUAUAGGAACAAAAUCUUGAAACAACGAUACACAGAUUCUUGCUACGAAAUUUAAAAGACUUCUUAAUAUCGUACAAAACGGUUGUAGAAAAUGCACAAAGCAGUUAACACAAUGAAAAAGUAUUUUAAUCGAAAGUGGAAAAUAAGAAGAAAGGAUACCUAGAUCAUGGUACCUCAAAAUGAAUUUAAAGUUCAACGAAAUAUAACCUUAAACUAAACGUACGUUGGUUGUUAACACGGGCACACCGAUUGAUUAUUUUACGGUAAAAACGUGUAUGCAAAAAUAUCAUAAUGACUUCAGCAAAAAUUGAAUUUGCGGUGAACAUGACUUGUCAAAAAUGCGUCGAUGCCGUGCGGAACAGUUUAAUUGACGUAAACGGAAUUGAGAAUAUUGAUAUAUCGUUGGAAAAAGGAAACGUUGUUGUUCAAACGAAUUUACCAUAUUCUCUAAUUCAAGAGAAAAUAGAACAAUCUGGUAGAAAAGCCAUAUUAAAAGGAUAUGGAGAUUCUGUCAGUGCUGUUGCAAUGUUAGGAGGAAAUUCAGGGUAUAGCGUGAACAAUAAAGUAAUGGGAGUUGUAAGAUUUGUACAGAUUCCGGAUGGAUGUAUUAUAGAUGGAACAGUUGAUGGUUUAAGUCCAGGUGAACAUGGAAUACAUAUACACGAAUGUGGUGAUAUUUCAAAAGGCUGUGAAAGUGUUGGAGAACAUUUUAAUCCAAAUAAUACAAUACAUGGUGGACCUGAAGAUACUCCACUUAAAAGGCAUGUAGGAGAUCUUGGUAAUGUAAUAGCAGAUGAAAUGGGCAGAGCUACAUUCAGGAAAAUAGACACACUGGUAAAUAUACAUGAUAUAGUUGGACGAUCUCUAGUUAUAACAGAAAAUCCAGAUGAUCUGGGAAAAGGAAAUGCUCCGGAUUCCAAAAUAAAUGGGAAUAGUGGAAAUAGAUUGGCUUGUGGUAUUAUUGCUCGUUCAUCUGGGUUAUUUCAAAAUACAAAGAAGAUUUGUGCUUGUGAUGGUCUUACAUUGUGGGAUGAAAGGGAUAAAACACUUUCAGAAAAACAGAAGUCUAAUUAUCCGGGAGCAAGUAAUACUUCAAAAUUGUAAAUAAUAUUGGGAAGGUACAGUGAAUUUCGAAACAUGAAACAGGUGAAACAUUCCUCUUAAAUAGACGCACAGGGAGCACAUUGGAUUGUACAUAAUGUAUAGAAUAUCUAAGUUUCAAUGUAAAUUAUUCCAUAAAUAAAUGUUGCCAUAUUUUUGUGAAAUAUUUUGUUGUGUACACAAAAACAACAUUAAUCUUAUAAUAUUAGAAAUGUACAAAAG